ACUACAACUGUGGCUCCAACAACCACAACUGCUGCUCCCUCCACCACAACGUCUGCUCCAACAAUCACAACAUUAGCACCAACAACCACAACUGUUGUUCCAACUACCACAACCGCAGAAUUAACCACUACAACUGUGGUUCCAACUACCACAACCGCAGCAUUAACCACUACAACUAUGGCUCCAACAACCACAACUGCUGCUCCCUCCACCACAACUCAGGCUCCAACAACCACAACUGCAGCACCAACAACUACAACUCAGGCUCCAACAACCACAGCUGUUGCUCCCUCCACCACAACUUCGGCUCCAACAACCACAACUGCAGCACCAACCACUACAACUUUGGCUCCAACAACCACAACAUCAGCACCAACAACCACAACAUCAGCACCAACAACCACAACUGUUGUUCCAACUACCACAACCGCAGCAUUAACCACUACAACUAUGGCUCCAACAACCACAACUGUUGCUCCCUCCACCACAACUUCCGCUCCAACAACCACAACUGCAGCACCAACAACCACAACUGCUGCUCCCUCCACCACAACGUCUGCUCCAACAACCACAACAUUAGCACCAACAACCACAACUGUUGUUCCAACUACCACAACCGCAGCAUUAACCACUACAACUGUGGUUCCAACUACCACAACCACAGCAUUAACCACUACAACUAUGGCUCCAACAACCACAACUGCUGCUCCCUCCACCACAACUAAGGCUCCAACAACCACAACUGCAGCACCAACAACUACAACUCAGGCUCCAACAACCACAGCUGUUGCUCCCUCCACCACAACUUCGGCUCCAACAACCACAACUGCAGCACCAACCACUACAACUUUGGCUCCAACAACCACAACUGCAGCACCAACCAUUACAACUGUGGCUCCAACAACCACAACUGCUGCUCCCUCCACAACAACUUCGGCUCCAACAACCACAACUGCAGCACCAACCACUACAACUGUGUAUACAACAAUCACAACUGCAGCACAAACCACUACAACUUUGGCUCCAACAACCACAGCUGUUGCUCCCUCCACAACAACUUUGGCUCCAACAACCACAACUGCAGCACCAACCACUACAACUCACCAACCACCACAACUGUGGUUCCAACUACCCCAACUGCUGCUCCCUCCACCACAACUCAGCAUCAACCACUACAACUCAGGCUCCAACAACCACAACUGCUGCUCCCUCAACCACAACUUCUGCUCCAACAACCACAACUUCUGCUCCAACAACCACAACUGCUUCUCCCUCUACCACAACUUCUGCUCCAACAACCACAACUGCUCCAACAACCACAACUGCAGCACCAACCACUACAACUUUGGCUCCAACAACCACCACUGCUACUCCCUCCACCACACCUUCGGCUCAAACAACCACAACUGCUGCUCCCUCCACCACACCUUCGGCUCAAACAACCACAACUGCUGCUCCCUCCACCACAACUCAGGCUCCAACAACCACAACUUCUGCUCCCUUCACCACAACUUUAUCUCCAAUAACCACAACUGCAGCACCAACCACUACAACUGUGGCUCCAACAACCACAACUGCUGCUCCCUCCACCACACCUUCGGCUCAAACAACCACAACUGCUGCUCCCUCCACCACAACUCAGGCUCCAACAACCACAACUUCUGCUCCCUUCACCACAGCUUCAUCUCCAAUAACCACAACUGCAGCACCAACCACUACAACGGUCGCUCCAACAACAACAACUGCUGCUCCCUCCACCACACCUUCGGCUCAAACAACCACAACUGCUGCUCCCUCCACCACAACUCAGGCUCCAACAACCACAACUUCUGCUCCCUUCACCACAACUUCAUCUCCAAUAACCACAACUGCAGCACCAACCACUACAACGGUCGCUCCAACAACAACAACUGCUGCUCCCUCCACCACAACUUCAUCUCCAAUAAUCACGACCACAGCACCAACCACUACGACUGUGGCUCCAAAAACCACAACAACAGCACCAACCACCACAACUUUGGCUCUAACUACCACAACCGCAGCAUCAACCACUACAACGGUCGCUCCAACAACAACAACUGCUGCUCCCUCCACCACAACUUCAUCUCCAAUAACCACAACUGCAGCAUCAACCACUACAACUAUUGCUCCAACAACCACAACUGCAACACCAACCACCACAUCUGUGGCUUCAACAACCACAACUGCUGCUCCCGCCACCACAACUUCGGCUCCAACAACCACAACUGCAACACCAACCACCACAUCUGUGGCUUCAACAACCACAACUGCUGCUCCCUCCACCACAACUUUGGCUCUAACAACCACAACCUCAGCACCAACCACCACAACUUUGGCUCUGACAACUACAACAGCAGCACACACCACCACAUCUGUCACUGCAACAACCACAACUGCUCAUCCAACCACAACUUUGACAAUUAUAACUGCUGCUCCCUCCACCACAACUUUUGCUCCGACAACAACUACAGGACCAACCACUACAAUUAAAACCUCAUCAACAGCAACUGCUCAACCAACUACCACAACUCUGACAUCCGCAACUACUGCCUCAACAACAAAAUCUACACCAACUACGACAACCAUAAAGCC